UGUCUCGGAGUUCGGUUGACUUACGUCAAAUAGAGCUUUGAUUUUGUAAAUAUAAAUAAUUCGUUUCGUUAAUAUUUUUUUGUUUAGUAAAUGUACGUUGGUAGACAUGUGGUUUAUUUUACUGCUUUUGUCAGCGACCGCAGUACUAUCAAGUCCUGUUCCUGACUCUUCAGGGACUCAGGAAAGAUGUGGAUAUGACAGUUGUACAGAAGCGGAUGCUAGUGUGCUGAAUAUACAUAUAGUUGCACACACACACGACGAUGUCGGCUGGCUAAAAACUGUCGAUCAAUAUUAUUAUGGAAGUCGUAAUAAUAUACAGAAAGCUGGUGUCCAGUAUAUCUUGGACUCUGUCGUAAAGGAGCUAUGGGAAGACCCGAAACGAAGGUUUAUAUACGUAGAGACAGCAUUCUUUUGGAUGUGGUGGACGAGACAGACGGAGACAGUACGAGAUAAGGUUCGUACGUUAGUUAGAGAAGGACGGCUGCAGAUGGUGGGCGGGGCUUGGAGUAUGAACGAUGAGGCAGCUUCUCAUUACCAAAGUACUAUUGAUCAGUUUACUUAUGGACUUAGUAAAUUGAACCAAACAUUUGGUGCUUGUGGACGUCCUCAUGUUGGCUGGCAAAUAGAUCCAUUUGGUCACUCCAGAGAAUUCGCAUCUCUUUUAGCAGCUAUGGGAUACGAUGGUCUCUUCUUAGGCAGGAUAGAUUACCAGGAUAAGAGACAGAGGUUAUUGGGGAAGAAGAUGGAAAUGGUAUGGAGAGGAGAUGAUAGUUUGGGUAAAUCUUCAGAUAUAUUUACUGGUGUAUUAUAUAACACAUAUUCACCUCCUCCUGGAUUUUGUUUCGAUGUUUUGUGCAACGAUGAACCAAUUAUAGAUGACCCCAGCUCACCAAUGUACAAUGUGGAUCAAAAGGUGGACAAAUUUCUUGCAAUAUGUCAGAAUAUAUCAUCUGGUUAUAACACAAAAAAUAUCAUUGUGACAAUGGGUGAAGAUUUUCACUAUCAAGACGCAAUUAUGUGGUUCAGAAAUCUAGAUAAAUUAAUACAACAUACAAAUCUUAAGUCUGCUAAGGAAGGACUCGGUAUAAAGGCUUUCUACUCAACACCUGAUUGCUAUUUGAAAGCUGUUAGGAAUGCUUUUCCCAGUCUACCAACAAAACAGGAUGAUUUCUUUCCGUACGCGAGUGACCCUACUGCUUAUUGGACGGGAUAUUUCACUUCUAGACCCACAACUAAAUACUUUGAAAGGGAAUCUAACGCAUUUUUACAGAUGGUCAAAAACCUUCAAGUGAUGUUAAAUCUUCCUAAACACAAUCAAUUCGUUAUUGACGAACUGAAAAGUGCCAUGGGUGUGAUGCAGCAUCACGAUGCCAUCACCGGCACAGAGAAGCAACACGUGGCUCACGAUUAUGAGAGAAUAUUGAACAAUGCUCUUGAAGACGUCAUGAUUGUACCUAACCAGGCUUACAAUAAAGUUUUGAAAGCGAAAGGUUAUGAAGGACCAGAAUUGGAGUACAAAAGAUGUCGUCUCAAUGAAUCUUCAUGCAGCAUCUCUGAACGGAAAAAAGCUUUUACUGUGACAAUAUUCAAUCCUUUAGCUUGGUCUGUAACAGAACCGAUAAGGAUACCUGUUGUUGAUGGCAGUUAUACUAUUAAAGGACCAAAUGCUAAAGAAAUUCAAUAUCAAAUAUUAGAUAUACCUGAAUCAGUCAAAAAUAUACCAACAAGACAAUCUUUAGCGACACACGAAUUAAUAUUCAUAGUUAAAUUAAAACCAUUGAGUUUCCAAUCAUAUCAUGUAACUAAAAACGAAAAAACCAAAAGAAACAUAAAAACACAGAAGGAAAGAAAAAAUGACUUUUAUACGAAUUUAAAUGAUUAUUGGACGAAUUUGAAAACUCCUAUCGAUAUAAAAAAUCUAGAAGACAAAGAAAAUAGACGAAUACAAGAUACAAUUUGUAAUGAAAAUCUAGAAAUUAAAGAUAGAAAUCUAGAUUUUGAUGUACUAAAAAGUUCUAAUGAUGGUGUUAGUGAAGAUAUAUUAAAAUUGGAGCAGAUAAUAAGAGAUGCAAAGAGAAAUACGGAGAAAGAACAGAAGAAUUUGGCGAAGAAAUUAAACUAUCCGAGUUUAAAUGAAGAAGAGAUGCGUAUGUUGUCUGAUGAACCGACUGUUGUCAAUAUGUUUGAAGAUAAAUAUAUUGAAAAUCAGGCAAUGAAACUACGUUUAGACAACAAUCUAGACAUAAUAACACUUUUAGAAAAUAAAAAAUCAUUAAACUUCGCUAUAAAAUUAUAUUACUGGUCGGCAUGUUUCGGCGACAAUACGAACACAACCGAACGAUCUUCCGGUGCUUAUAUUUUCCGUCCAAAUAUAACAAAACCUAUAGAAUUAUCUAUAUUACAUUCAGAAAUAAAACACGGACCACUCGUUUCGGAACUUAGAACUAUUUACGAGGGAAAUGUAACAUCAAACACACGUUUAUAUACAGAUAUAGAUUUUAUCGAAGUAGAUUUUACUGUUGGCCCAAUACCGAUAGACGAUAACAUUGGAAAAGAAUAUAUAAUAAAAUAUAUAACAGAUAUAAACAAUAAUGGUAUAUUUUACACUGAUUCUAACGGUAGACAAAUGUUAAAAAGGAAAUUAAAUGAAAGACCACAAUUUAAUUUGACAUUAGCCGAACCAAUCGCGGGAAAUUACUAUCCUGUUACCAACAAAAUAUAUAUAGAAGACAGUGACAAUCGCCUGUCAGUGCUGACAGAUAGAUCACAAGGUGGCAGUUCUUUAAAUAAUGGGGAAAUAGAAAUUAUGCUGCAUAGAAGAUUGUUACAUGACGAUGCAUUUGGUGUUGGCGAAGCUUUGAAUGAGGUUUUAAAUAACAAAGGUUUAGCUGUUAGAGGUACACAAAGAAUAUUAACGAAGAAAUCAGAUUUAUUAGAAAGAAAACGCGUUUUAGAAUUUCAUUGUAAACCGAUAAUUUUAUUCGCCGAUGCGGAAAAUUUAAAUUUGUCAAAUGACCAUAGAUUUGUCGGUUUAUACUCUGUGCCAGAUGGCGUGCAUUUAUUAUCUAUAGAACCUUGGGGUGAUACGUCAUUGUUGUUAAGAAUUGAAAAUUAUUUGGAGAAAUCGAUAAAUUCAACGAUAGAAGUAAAUUUGAGUGAUUUGUUUAAUUUUAUUAAGAUAAAUACGUUUAAAGAGACGACUUUAGCAGCGAAUCAAUGGAUGGAUGAAUAUGAAAAAUUAAAUUGGACAACUGAUAAUGAAUCUUUUAAUGAAUCAAAUGAAUUUAAUAAUGAUGAUGGUUUUAAAGUGAAAAUAAAAGCCAAACAAAUUCGUACAUUUAUUAUUGAAUAUGAAUAUGUAUAG